AUGCUUCAUUUUUUUUCUCUUCUCCUUCUGGUUUUAUUGACUUCAUCUGGUAUUUCGAAUAUUAUUGAAAAAGAAAAUGGAUUACAGGAGAAUUAUAUAAGAAUUGAGAUAAUCAUACAAAAAUACAAAGCACUUGGAGCAACGGAAAUAGAUGAAGUCAAAAAUGAACGAUACGAUUUCCGAUUUUGCGCUUGCAACAAUGAGACUUCCGAACCAGAAAGAAGUGGCGAUUGUAGCUGUUCGACAGUUGUUAGCGGUCAGACAACUCAAAACUCAAUACCGCAAGCACUGUACUCCUCUAGCUGCGUUCAUAACCCUCACUAUAACAAAUGUUUAAUCGCUCAGAUCACAGCUAAUACCACUCAGAAUAUGUUGUACAUAGAAAUUAGGAUUGGCCCGUAUCAUUUGACAGAUCCACCGUACCAGUCAAUUACGAAUUCCAAAUUCAAAAACACCGCGCUGUUGUCAUGCUCCAAGGACAUCCGUUGUCAGGAUUGCAUCCCUUGCAAAAGCGGAUUCAUUCAGCUCAGUUAUAUCAGUUUGUCCAGUGCCCCACUAGCUGAUUCAGAACAAUCAUAUAUGUCAGCUGCCGUACGAUUCGACAAAACGGAAAAAUGGCCGGAUAAAUCAUUAAGAAAAUUGUCUUUCACAGAAACAAACAUGCAGAAUUUUGAUAGCAUUGCAAAGAUUAAGGAACGCUUAUUACAAAGCGCCAAAAAACAUCAUUUAUCACCUGCUCAGUUCAAUAUUGCUAUUUACAAGGAUGCUCUUGUUAGUGGACACAAUGUUUAUCGUAACAAACAUGGUGUCGGUUUGCUUGAAACCAACAGUGAACUUGAACGGAUAGCUGAAAUGUGGGCAGAACGUUUAGCUAGCAAAGCGGAUUGCUUGAUACACGACCCAUCAAAAAGGUUUGGAGAAAACUUAUUCUACUACGCGACAAAUUUAUUGCCAGACGAAGAAACAAUGGCACUAAUGACUGUCCAGAGCUUCUAUGUUGAAGCACAUGGAUAUAAUUAUAAAACGCAUCAUCACUUGGAUUACCACCGCACUGGACACUUUACUCAACUUGUAUGGAAGUCCACAACACAAGUGGGUGUUGGCGUAGCAAUGCGAAACUUCAGUGGACGCCGUGUUAACAAAUGUCAGCCUGAUUUCCCGUCUACACUCAUUUAUGUUGUUGUUAAGUAUGACCCACCCGGAAAUGUACUUGAUAAGAGAAAUUAUGACGACAAUGUUUUGCCACCCAUAGAGUAA